AUGGACCCCGUGUCGGCUUUUGGUGUCUUCUCAGGAGGAAUUCAAGUGCUUCAGGCUAUCGUGGCUACCGUGCAUGGCUUGAAUGAGCUGUACGGCAGAUUCCGCGAUGCCGAUCUCACUAUUCAGUCCCUUAUCCAGGAGCUGAAUUGCAUUCAGACGGCUCUAACCAGCUUGCGAGAAUGGGCCCGGGCCAGCGCUGCCAAUGGCCCAAGUCCGGAUGAAUACCAUGACAGCCUGGCGGUGGCCAUGAAUGGCUGCCGGGUGAUCAUGGAGGUGCUAUCGCAGGAUGUCGCAGCCUUGGUCCAGGGCGGCCAAGAGGAGAGGCUUGCGGGGUUUCGGGCAAGAGUGAGGGUUGUCUGGAAUGAUGAACUCAUGAGAGGACACCAGGAGAAAUUGCACGCGCAGGUGAUGGCCCUGCAGCUACUGCUUCAGGUUUGCCAAUGCCAUUCGUCGGCGGAGCAGGUCCGCUUGCUCAGGAGGGCCACGACCCGUCAGAUCAUACGCCAGGUCGCCGACGACACACAGACACUUUUGUCCAGUCGCAGCCGGACUGCAUCGCGCGCAGGGAGCAUGUCGCAGAGUAGUGGCCCGGCCUUCAGCGAACGGGCCUUCGAUUUUGACCGGGCGUUGGCCGGUACGUCGGUCUAUCGCGCCCAGCAGCAACGGAUUGUUCCAACCGUUCUCUCGCCAGAGAGCCACUCCAUUGCCUCGAGUCAUGCCCCGAGCUUAUUCACAGAUGUAGGCUACAACAGCAGCCGGACCGGAACCCUUAAUCUGAACACCUCUUCCCUAGAGGUACCUGCCCAGCAACAGGGCUAUCUGGCUCUGCCGAGCAGCCCCUCGGCGCCACCCCCUCAGCGGCCGGAUGGAAGUACCGUCCGGCGAUGGCAUACAGAAUCUGCAGCCUCGAGUCGAACCGCUCGCUCCUCACCAUCGACAAGGGAGCGAAUAUCAUCGUUUCUUGGGCGCAUGAACAGCCGCAGCCGUUCGAAUUUUCAGCCCAGCAGUCCAGCCGGGGGGCGUGGCAGGCGCAGGGACGAAGAAACAGACAUCAACACCAGCAUCGACCUCACCUCCACAGACGUCGCUUCUAUUCCGCCCAUUGUCAAGGCUGCCCAGGCUGGCUCCUCGGAUGAGGUUGAACGGCUCAUUGAGCGAGGUUGUGACCCAGAGGAACGCCAUAAGCGGUCGAGUCGCAACGCCCUAUUAGUGGCUGCGCAUUGUGGAAGGGAGGAAGUUGUUGACCUGCUGAUCCAGAGAAAUGCCCGGCUCGCUGUAACAGACGGAUCGGGCUGGACAGCCCUUCAUCUGGCAGCCUCGCGCGGGCAUUGUGGGGUUCUGGAAAUGCUCCUGGCAGAGGGCAAUUUGAUUGAAGCCCCCAAUUUUCAGGGCCGGACCGCACUCCGGGUUGCUGCGGACCGUGGUCAACUGGAAGCUCUGCAGGUGCUUCUAAUGCAUGACGCUAAGGCCAAUGCUCGUGCCGAAAAUCAAAUGACUGCACUGCAUGCAGUUGUCAAGACAGGAGACCAAGAGAUUGUGCAGCUUCUCGUCUCUCACGGCGCGGAUUUGGAGGCCAAGGAUGGCACCAUGAUGACGGCGCUACACUACGCGUGCGAGGCAGGUCACCUUGGAGUCAUUAGCGUUCUUUUGGAUCACCGCGCAGAUAUUGAGACCCCGGGUCGUGAUCGGAAGACGCCUCUAAUCUGUGCAGCGGAGGCUGGCCAGCUCAAAGCUGUCGAAUUGCUGUUGAAACGGAAGGCGUCUUCUCGUAGCACUGAUGACACGGGGAUGACUGCGCUUCAUUGGGCCGCCUACAAUGGGCAUGAAGAGAUUGUGGGGGUUCUCUGUCAAAAGAAAGGGUCUCUGAACAUGGUAAACGCCAUGGGCCGGGCGCCUCUCCACUUGGCCGUGAUCCAAUCCCAAUUCGCAGUGGUCGAACUGCUGCUGCGCAAGGGGGCACCCCUGGAUAAGCGGUGCAAGACAGGCCUUACGGCCCUUCAUUAUGCUUGCAUGGCAGACGCCUCCGACAUUGCGAGGCUAUUGCUCUUGGCUGGCGCCGACAUUGAAGCCCCGGAAGACCAGCAUCAGCAAAGACCUCUUCAUAUUGUAGCGUCAUGGGGUUCCAUUCACCUUUUGGACCUGCUGUGCGAGAAGGGGGCCUCGCUCAAUGGCCGAGAUGGGAUCGGAGACCGGCCACUCUGUGCCGCAAGUCGAUAUGGGCAUGUUGCUGCAGUGCAGAAACUCCUCGAUCGAGGGUCUCCGCUUUACGCCAAAUUUGAAGACAGCAUUCGAGAGGACUCACCUUUGUGUUUAGCCGCCAUGGGAGGUCAUUUGCAUGUCGCUUCGCUGUUGCUGGACAAGGGUGCAUCCUCGUUGAGGAAAGACGAGACCGGUUGGCAGCCGUUUCGCUACGCCGCGUACCAUGGGCAUCCCGACGUUCUCCAGCUACUUUUGUCCUGCAGCAACAUUCCCGAACUGGACAUUCCAGACAUGAUUCUCAUGCCAGAGACUAUUGGGUUUUCCCCGCAUGCCCAUAUCUCAGAUGAAAGGAAAUGGCAGGUGCAGGGACUUCUCAAUCAAGCCCUAGUACAUCCUGAAUCAAUGGCCAAGGGGGCAAAUUCGAGUGUGCCACGCACUGAGAGUGCACGCGAUUCAAACAGCAGAUCCUGUCCUCUGCCUUUGCAACUCACUCGCGAAGUCGGAACUUCCACCCGCCAGGAGCUACCCGGGAAUCUCGAGCAGGGACUCCCUAGUAGUCGGUCGGCCACUCCAGAACGAGUGCACCGAGAUUGUCGCACAGGACCCAUCGACGCUGUUUCGCAUCCAGACAGGCAGGAAGUGCCACAAAUCAACGAUCCACGUCUCUCGUUGGUGAGUGAUCGGGUUGCAGCGUCGUUGAAUGACGGUCGAGAGGUCUCCCCCCGGCCGUGGGGAACCAGAAGUCCGAGCCGCUCGCGAACCAGGGAAGAGUCACCGGGACUAUCCGCGGUGUACAUUCCUCGGCCCGUUCCCAUUCGAUGGUCCGCGCCAUCCACUCAAGCACCCGGGAUGUUCCCAGACCAUGGCAGGCCCGGGGAAUCCAGAAUUUCAUCUCAAGCCUCGCAUUCCAAUCAAGAUGGGGCGGAACAGGUUCCCAGAACAGUCGAUACGUCGCAGAUCUCCGGGUCAGAGUUGCAGGCACAGAACCCACAAGCUGUCGAGAAUCACUCAGACUCAGAUUCUAUUUCCAUCUCUUCGGUGUAUACAGCCUCAGAAGGAGAGCUUCAUCCAGGUGUCACGGCAAGCUCGAAUGUCCGAAGUGGUGUAUAUGAGCUGGAAUAA